AUGCAACAGCAGAAUACCGCGGUGCAGACUGCGAUCCCCGCCCAGCCAGUCACCGUGGAGAGACCGCUCUACAACCCUGUCAACUCAGGCAAGCUCGUCAAUCCCGGAACCGGACGUGCAAAUCUCGCCGCUACCGCUGACCAGCCGCGUGGAACCCAGUCGAACAAGUGGGCGUCAGAUCACUCCAAGCAGACGGUCCUGCAGCAACAUUGCGAUUUCUUUGACCCUGACAAUGACAGCAUAGUCUGGCCGUUGGAUACCUACCGCGGUUUCCACGAUCUCGGCUUCAACAUUCUACUGAGCGUCACCGCCAUGUUCAUCAUUCAUGCCAGCUUCUCGUACGCAACGGUCCCUGGAUAUCUGCCCGACCCGUUCUUCCGCUUGCAUCUCAAGAAUAUCCACAAGGCGAAGCACGGCAGCGAUUCCGGCAUCUUUGACAAUGAGGGUCGGUUUAUCCCGCAGAAGUUUGAAGACUUCUUUUCCAAGUACGCGGACGGCAAGGACGGUCUGACGAUGGAAGACGUGUUGAAAGCUCUAAAGGGACAGCGUUUGCUCAUGGACUUUACCGGUUGGAUCGGCGCGUUCUUCGAAUGGCUUUCCAUCUACAUCUUUCUAUGGCCCGAAGAUGGCAUGAUGAAGAAGGAAGACAUCCGACGUGUGUUGGAUGGCAGCAUCUUCUCCGAAGCAGCUUCGAAGCGGGCCGGAAGGAAAAAGACGAAAGCGACUUGA